CGAAAAUGUUGGAACCACUUCGGUAUUCAUUCGACUCCUGGUUCGAAUUCGACAACAUUCUCUAGAGAGAGGAGUUUGUGAGUUCAAUACCUUUCUGUAAUUAACUAACCCAGACCCUUUUUCUUCUGGAUCACAUGGAAUCGCACCGGUACAUUCGUAGACAGCUCUCGCACAAUAAGCUGGACUCGUAUAACGCUCUUCUCGUAGAUCACUUGCACCACGACCUGGAAUACUGGACCAACGGCCGUACCACAUACGUCAACAACAAGGUUACCCUAAGUAAAACCGUCGCGGACAAAGUUGCGUCGCACGUCUCCACGAGUGUCACGCCUUUGUGGAAGGCAACUUUGUCUCCCGUUUCGGCACACCGUCGGACCAUGGUGUCGUCUAAACGCCCCCGCUCGACCGUCUCAUCCUCGACGCAACCAUCGGACCCACACGUGGUACGGAAUUCACUACUCGCGGGCAGUAUUUCCGGUAUGACGUCCACCUUUGCCAUGUAUCCCUUGGAGUCCAGUUCUUUGCACAGUAACACACAUCACGGUCCACUGCAAACAUUUCGCCAUACCUUGCAGAAUGGUGGGGUACGUGCGCUUUACACCGGCCUCACUAUGCCACUCGCCGCUCAAGCCGUGUACAAGGGAACCGUCUUUGCCGUCAACAACGUCACACAACGUGCCAUUCUCGAAUGGAAAACAUUGGAAAAUCACAAACAGGGAGUUUUGCAAAACGCCACGUUGACCAUGACGGAUAGAUUUGUGGCCGGUUCCGUCGGAGGUGCCGUGAACGCAUUUUUGUUCGUCACACCCGUCGAGUUCGUUCGCAACCAGCUGAUUGCGCAGCACUCGAAACUCGCCGCCGGUCGAACGGUGGCGCGCUUGGCCUCGGGCAGUUGGGAUGUGGUGCGGCAUGCCGUCCAAACACACGGGGCCACGUCUUUGUGGAGGGGUGCAGGCAUGGCGGUCACGCGGGAUGCGGUUGGAUGUGGAUGUUUCUUUUACACCAUGGCGUGGACACAAAAGCAACUCACACCCCGUAACGAAGUUCCAUCGUUCCCAGUGACGGUAUUGUCGGGGGGUAUGGCAGGUCUCGCUUUUUGGGUUUCCAUUCUGCCGCUGGAUACGCUCAAAACAUGGAUUCAAAGUUCCGACUUGACAGAAUCUGUGUCGGCGUCUGAGUCUCUGCAACGCGUCUAUCGCCAAAGUGGUUACCAAGGACUCGUGCAGCAACUCUUUCGGGGAUGGCAAGUGGCCUACGGCCGCGGUAUUCCCUCCGCUGCUAUUACAAUUUCGGUAUACUCCAUGGCGUACGGAAUGUUGCAAGAGGGUAGCAACGGUUUGUGA